AUGUUGCGCAUACCACGAAAUAUUUUAAUUCAACAAACUACACGCAUCCUUAAUUGUCCACGAUUUUUAUCAACGGACCCAACAGCUGGUUCAAUCAAUGCCGCUCAUGAUAAAUUCGCAGAACGUGAGCAAGCUUUUGAAAAUGCUUAUUUUCGCAAACAAGACGAAGAACUUUUAAAAAAAUUACGCCGACAGUACGACUCAUUGGAAAUGAAAUCUAAUGAGAUUGAACGUGAACAAAAAUGGAUUGAAGAAGAAAUUCAACGAUUGGAGAAACAACGUGAAAAGUUGAUGAAAGUAUCCUUUAAAUCAGUGAGACAAUGA